AUGGAUGAUAACGAUGGAACUAGCCCACCCAAAACCUCCCCCCAGCAGGCCACACCUGACUGCUUUAAGCACGCCGCGCUCGAUCAUAAUGCGCCAUCAAUUCGUCUUAUCCGCGUCUGCCGACACAGGUCGCCGGAAGGCUACAUCCAAUGCGAGGUUCGACACACCACUAUCAAUAGCACAUACAUCUGCCUCUCGUAUACGUGGGGUGACGAACUUGGAUGGAACGACGACGUUAGUAAAGGGCAUUGGAUUUUAAUGGAUGGAGAACGUUUCUGGGUUCGCAAGAACUUACACUGCUUCCUGCGUGUAGCGCGGCACAAGCAUCGUCUUCACUGGCUUUGGAUAGACGCCUUGAGUAUUGACCAGACCAACAAUACAGAGCGAACACAUCAAGUACAGCAAAUGGGCCGUAUAUUCUCGGAAGCCAAAGAAGUGAUCUCGUGGCUAGGGCCUAACCGUAGGAUUGCCGAGUUCCUUAGCAAUGCUCCCCAACAAGGAUUCGAUGCACAUGGAUUUCACGAUUUCUGCAAUUCUGAGUAUUGGAACCGUGCUUGGAUCACACAAGAGGUUGCUCUCUCGCGCCGGUCAACACUUAUGGCACGGGGAGAAGAGCUAGAGAUGAACCAAUUACCAUUGAUCAAGGACGAAAAAGAGCACUCGGAGUACCUGUCAAGGUUGAACGACCUUAGCCCCCGGUCCUCGCAUCGUCUAAAAGGGAAAAAUCUCAUCUAUCUUCUGAAAAAGUUCAUGUUCAAAGAGUGCCACAUUGCACGAGAUCGCGUCUUCUCGUUGCUAGCACUUUGUGGCGAGGGUUCCAAUCUUCAAGUUGACUACAAGAUAUCGAGCGAAGAGCUAGCCUACAACAUCCUAACCAUCUGCCGGCAGUCAAUCUGCUUUUGUACAGUGCGCGUCGUCUGUAGAGCGUUGCGGAUC